GAAAAUUAAUGAAAUGAUCAUUUUAUACGUCGGCAUGCAGGAAAGGAGCUCCAGGUGCUAUUUCCUAUAUUGCGUAGAAGUUUAGUUUUACAAAAUAUGCAACAUGCAAUAUGCAAAUCCAGUUUCAAGGGACUUCCACUGCAAGCUUUAUAAUUUAAAUUGUAUUGAGGUAUCAUGUUUUGAUUGUAUACUUUAGGGAGUGUUCGUGGUCUGUGUUUCUGCUUAACACAAUCUGCAAUUUGGUUUAUAUAAAUAGAGUGAAGAAAAAUACAGGCACAGAUCUGGGUGGACUUUGCUACGGCCAUGAAGCCUAAGUGUAAUUACUGUAAAAACAGAUGAGGGCCUGUGUACCUCUGCCUGGGUGUGCCUGCAACUGUCUUGUCUCUGCUGUUGGUCCUAUAAGCACCCAGGUGUUGCUUGACAUGAGUGGAAAUGACAGCCAUCCCCAUUCCUGUCACUCAUUCUGUUCUUUCCCUCCACCCAUCUUUUAUCUGUGCUCACCUGCUCUGCAUCACUCAGUCUCAGGCCCUGGAAGGAAAACAGCAAGAUCAGUCCAUUUUUUUGUCAUAUCAUUGCUGACCAGCUUGAUCAACACUCUUGGUGCCUCGUAAAUGUAUAGGUAUGUCUUGAAGCCAGAUUUCACUAAAUCACCUGCUGCAUCACACAUGACGACAUGCACGUAAAGAUGCAUGAAUAUUUGCUACACUUCGACAUACGUUCCUGUGUAUUCUCUGUUUUUAGAUCCUGGGAGGUCACAGCAACAUACAACUGCAUUUUGCUCUCAGGUCUCACCUGUCACACCUCAUCACUGCUGAAACCAUCUUGCCCUAAGCAGGGGCAGGUCUACAAUUUUUUCCUUUACUUCUGUGUGUGCUUCAACCAGUACUUCUUUCUUUACUGUCAGAGGAAUGCAGGUCUCAUCUAGGCUCUGAGGAUCAUGCACAGCUUUAACACCGGCCUGCUUGUUGUUCAACUUACUGACAAGUAAACAAGACUUGCAUAUAAGUCUGUCUUCCAUGGAUGAUAGCAGUGUGUCCGUGCUGUGGUACAGGAGGUCGAAACCACUGGGGAAAGUGAGGCGACGGGUUCAAGACCUCCGCAUCCCUUUCUCUUCCUCCUCUUACUAUGACUUUAUAGCCAGCAGACCCACGUUGGACCUGAGCCACAAUGAGAGUGCUCGACUGGCAGUGGACUCCCUGCUCAGCCGGGGCUUAGAGGGGUACCACAAGGUGUUGAAUGCAGAGGGGGAAGUGGACUUUCUGUCAGAGCCGGAGAAGAUUUACAUCGUAGAAAAUGGGAAGGACGUCAGCACAGCUGAUCCUGGUGCAUCUGAUAAUGACAAAGACUUUGAGAGCUUGUCUGCUGGCUCCGAGUCUGCCACACGAUGUCCUGCGAUGUCCACAGACAGAGAUCCUAGUGUGGCAAGUUUGGACCUGAGCAGCCUAAAAGAUGUGAUGUGGUCCCAUCCUGUCCUGAAUAAGCCCAACACUGAGGUUUAUUUCCAGUGUGACAGCAGGGCAGCCGGCAUGAAAGACCUGGUCAGAGAGUUCAUCAGAAAUGCUGGAAUGGACCUGGCCAUAGUGAUGGAUAGCUUCAGUGACGUAGAGCUGCUGUGUGAUCUUCUGGAGGCGAGCAGAAAGAGGAAUGUGUCUGUUCAUCUGCUGUUGGAUCAUCUCAACCUGAACCUGUUUGUCAGCAUGUGGCAGGACCUCAAACUCAACAGCAAAAACUUUCCUAAACUGUCAGUACGCAGUGUGGAUGGACAGACCUACUGUGCCAAGACAGGCAGGAAGCUGACUGGUCAGGUUGCUGAGAAUUUUGUCAUCGCUGACUGGACUGAGGUGUUAACUGGCUCUUACAGUUUCUCCUGGCUCUCCUGGCAGGUCCAUCGUGGUCUUGCUGUUCUUUUAAGGGGCAGCGCGAUCAUACCUUUCCAUCAGGAAUUCCACAGGCUAUACUCCAGCUCCAAACCAGUCCCCGGUUUUGUCACUUAUAUCACUGUGCCUCGCACUCUCCCUGGUGCACAGAUGCAUGGAAAGCCUCCACAACUCUACCCAAAACCUCUGGUCCAACCAGGAGCACUGCAGAAUGAAUCUAUGGGAAAGGCUAAACAUACAGUGGGAGCUGUCUGCACCCAGCAUGAUGGACAAACAAAUGUGGAACCUCUGGAGAAGAAUCAAAACCACAUCCAGAGUCACUCUAAGCCUCUCAGUCAGACCCAAGUCUCACACGUUCAGUCUCAGCUUACCAGCCUUACAGUCAGCACUACAGCUGAAAAGAAUGCAAGGGUUCAAGCGUCUGACCCCCUCAACACUUCUUCCCCCGCACACGGAGAGCACAGGACUCUCCGUUAUCAAACACCCUUCCAGAUAAAUUCAAAUCUUGAGCAUAAUGUGGGUACUGAAGGUUUUUUCUAUCAGCAGAGGAAUGGAGACCGAUUGACAAAGCCUUCAGGGAUUGCUGCGGGUCUUAAUACACAAAGACGACAAUGGAACUGCUCACUAAACUUUAAACCAAAGAUGGUCUUUCUGUCUGAUAAUGCCAAAGUCCCGUCUCCUUCCACAUCACAGCAAACACAAGUAGGGACAGACCUGUGGUUCCCUUUAACUAGUCCAAGAGCACACACAUCAGGGCUACAAAUGUCCUCUCUAGGAACCAGGAGGCAAGAUCAGCACCAGAGGCACCACCCACCCCCCCUCCUGUCACACCCACCCACAGAGACUCCAGGUUCAAAGCCAGCAUCGACAGCCAUGGGAAGUCAUCCAGGACCUCAGAUCCACCCGGACUCCAAGCUGUUUUUACCAGGCACAGGACCCAAACUGCAUCUACAGCUUCACACCUCCCAGCAGGUGAAGCCCCCUCCGAGACUAAACUGGAUGCCCCAGAGUCACGCUGCAAGACCCAGACCUGUGGCUCGCCAGAGCUCCUUCACCGCCACAUACGGGACGGGACAGAAUCCGGGUGGAGAGGCGGGCUGGAGGCCACUUCAAAGCAGCAAGAAUACAUCAUUAGGAAGGAGCAUGAGCAUGACUGAUACACUCAGCAGGCUUUAAUGGAGCAGGUUGUAACCCAAAUAUAACCAGGACCUGACAGAAAUUUCCCUUAUUAUGCGGCCGGAGAUAUAAUCAUACAUGCCAAUGAAAGAGUGUAUUCAUCUGUUAAUGUGAAAUCUACAGUAUAUUCUCCUGUGUAAAGCUUACAAAUUUAUGUUGAACAAGUGUAUUCUUAUUUCUACAAAAUUGAGAUGAGACAGAUGUGUGCACAACUUUUGUGUGUAGCAUUACACACACAUAUAUACAUUGCAUUUAGCAAAACAAUCAAGGCUUUUGACUUAUUAAAUGUUAGACUUUAGCAGGGGAUUCAAGUGACUUUGUAGUGUUCCUUUGUCGUAGGCCCUGCACACCCAAACAGGCAUAUUCAGCUAAUUAGACCUCUGCUCAGGCUGAUGUUGGGUGGGGUGCUGCUGGGAGUUCUGAGGGAGAUGUCAAUUAUAAUGUCUGUACACACGGAUAGUACUGCUGAACAGGUGUAAUCAGUGAAGUGAAAACAGCUGUGUAGGUCUGUGUAAUAAGAGAUAUGUUGCUCCUUACUCACUGCUUUUUCACUGUUCAUUCUUUUAUAGAAAGUCCAUGUUUUAUUAUUCUGCUAUAAAAAACCUUAGACCAGCUGGCUAUAUUACUGCUAAAGUGAAAAGUGUAUAAUAGAGGAAAAUUACUGAGGGGUGAGAAAAAGGGUGCCAGCUAGGUCUGGGACCCGCAAAUGUGAGGAGGCAAACAGCUCCUAAACUGUGGGGAUAAACGUGUAAAUCAUUAGUGUUACAAAAAUAGGCCUUUCCCACAGCAGAUAUUUUGUCAUAGCAGAAGCACAGGUGGAAUUAAUAACAUUAGCAUAUAACAUACCCAUGUUUUUCCUGCUAUGACAUUUCAAAAUGUCAUUACGGUAACUUCUGCACAAAAUGCUCAAAUAUUUCACGAAAAAAUAAGUAAAUAAAAAUGUAAUUUUUUUAUUCGUUUUAAAAUAUGAACACGUUAAGGCAAAACUUACAUUUUAGGCAGAAUAUUAAAAUAAUUAAAAUGUCUCACAUUGU